CAGGCAGCUCACUGGGGUUUGCCAACUUCCACCCGAGGGGACUUAAGUGUCAGCCUGGGUAAGACCACCGCCACCUCCAUCACUACUGGUCUAGUCAAACCGCCCGAAAAAGGAAUAAAGAACAAAAAUGGCUCCUUUUGAAAAAUCCAUGGAGAUGAUGCCCUUCAAACAAAGAAAAUGCCUUGCCACAAGAAAAGAUGAAGUGUGUAAUAUCCGGACAAAAUUCCCAAACAAGUUACCUGUAAUUGUUGAACGUUACAUGCGUGAGAAAUCUCUCCCACUUUUGGACAAGACAAAGUUCCUGGUUCCCUUUGAGCUCACGCUGGGCCAGUUCCUCUGUCUAUUAAGAAAUAAAAUAGAUCUGGAAUCGACUCAGGCCCUGUUUCUGUUGGUGGCAGAGAAAAGCAUGUCUUGUAUGUCGUCGAGUAUGGGCGAGAUCUACUCCCUCUACAGUGACCAGGACGGCUUCCUCUACAUCACCUACGCCUCGCAAGAAGUCUUCGGAGCCCCCCAGGCACCAGAACGACCAUGUUGAGGACUUUUGAAGCUCAGAAAACCAACGUGAACUUGUCCAAACUGGGACAAACCAAGCUGUGAAUGCUGCCUAUACCUCAGUCAGCAAAAGCUCUGUCAAUGUCAAAGUGGACUGACUAGCAGAUCUAAGAACAUAGGCCCAAUCUAUGGUUUUCAGCAGGUUGAAUAAUUAGGACUGUUGCCAUAGUGAUGAAAAAAGUCCUCAAGAUGUAGCAAAUAAAAGGAAGCUGAAACCCAUGAUUACAGAUUAGACCUAUAUACCCAAUUCUAGAGAUACAUUAUAAAAACAGGGUCAAUAUCCAGUAUCAUUAUCCAGUAUUAUUGUUAUGACCCUUUUAAAGCACUUACUGUUCUUGUCCGGAUUGCCUCUACAUUCCCUUCAAAAUGUGAAAUAAAACCACGGCAUCAGAAACAAGUCUGCAUUUCCUGGUGUUCUGUAUCAGCCAACAAUAAAUAAUACGUAUUUUAAUUCA